AUGGCGGAUCCAGCACCGGCGGAAGCCGGCCCGCUCGAAGCAGACAAUGGAGAGGAGAACGACAAUACCAAUGAUGACAGCGACUCAGCCAUGGGAGUGUCUGUGCUCGGGUCAUCUGCAUCCAUGACAAGUAGUAUCAUGCGUUACCGCGAAGAAAAUGGAAGAACAUACCACGCAUAUCGAGAGGGCAGAUAUGUUUUGCCGAAUGACGCGGUCGAAAACGACAGGCUUGCCGAUGAUCAUCAAGAGACACUAAUAACCGGUGUCGAUCUCAGCCCAAUACAACCGCCAUUUGUACCUCCCAACGUGACAUUCUACAUCGACGACCUAGAAGAUGACUGGACAUACUCCUACAAGUUCGACUUCGUCUUUGGCCGAAUGCUCACAGGUUCCAUAGCAGACUGGCCAAGGUUUAUCCGCCAAAGCUAUGAAUACCUCGAACCCGGAGGCUGGAUAGAGUUGUCCGACAUCCUCUUGGAUCUUCAAAGCGACGACGGAACAGUUGGCCCCGAAUGCGCAACCCAAAAGUGGGCAGGGCACAUGCUUGAAGCGGCAGCGAUAUGGAAACGACCACUCGACAGCUGCAAAUUCUACAAGGAGCAGCUCGCCGAAGCGGGGUUCACCAAUAUUGAGGAAAAGAUUUACAAGUGGCCGUCGAACCCCUGGCCAAAGGAUCCAAAAUAUAAAGAGCUAGGCGUGUGGACGUACGAAAACCUAGGAAAUGGCUUGUCGGGGCUUAGCUUGGCGCUUUUUACUAGGGCGCUGGGUUGGUCGGCGGAGCAGCUUGAGGUGUUCCUGGUGGAUGCUAGGAAAGACAUGAGAGACAGGUCUAUACAUGGAUGGUGGCCAGUGUGA